GGCGCCAAUCAGGACUCCUGACUCCACAUGAGUUCCUUGUUCCAAAUAAACAGUGAAGUCUGGCUGCGUUUCUGUAAAAUCGAAACUUUGUGGAAAGCCUACUAGUAGUCUAGGAGCAGGCUGCGGCUGUCGUUGAUGACUUGAAAUAUAACUGGGCAUAAAAUGAGUUCAAAAUUAAAAUCUUUGAAAUUCAUGGGUGGGUUUGUAUGUGGGGCGGUUUUAAGCACGGGCUCAUGUGUCGCUGGGAUUCAACUUUAUCUACAGAGGAACCAAGGACCCAGUCCCGCUGACCCCACCGAUGCAGACCCCAAAGAGAGCCCGGCCCAGCAAGUAAUAGGGUAUUAUGGUUUACCUCUGACUGGAGCUGAGACAAGGUUCUACACCAACCACACUCUGUCCUAUGAUCAAGUGAACAGAACACCAAGAUGGGUAGCUGAACAUCUCUCAAACAAUAAACUGCGAGGACUAGCUGAUCGGAAGCAUUGCAAAUUCAGGCCAGACCCCAGCAUCGCAGAGGCCUUCACUGCCCACAAUGAUGAUUACUUGGGCAGCGGGUGGUCAAGGGGACAUAUGGCACCAGCGGGGGACAACAAAGGCAGCACACAAUCCAUGGCUGAAACCUUUUACCUCUCCAACAUUGUGCCUCAGAACUAUGAAAACAACGCUGGCUUUUGGAAUAGAUUGGAGAUGUACUGCAGAGACCUAACCAAAACGUUUGAAGAUGUCUGGGUGGUGUCAGGGCCCCUGGUCCUUCCUGAAGUAGGAGAGAAUGGCAAAAAGACUGUGUCGUACCAGGUCAUUGGUAAAGACAACGUUGCUGUUCCUACACAUCUCUUCAAAGUCAUCCUUGCCCGAAAGGGCCCAUCAUCAGACACUUUGGCACUGGGUGCUUUUGUGGUGCCCAAUCAACCAAUUGGGUUUGAUCAUUCUUUGACGGAGUAUCAGGUCAGCCUGUCUGACCUGGAGAGGAUGUCGGGGCUCUCCUUCUUCCCCAAAGUGGACCCUGCCGUGACUCUCGCGGACCUCUGUGCGCUGGACUCGUGUCACCUGAUGGACUUCAAAGAGUUCACCCUCUACAUCACAGGCCGCAAGGUGGGCAGUGCUAGAAGUCCAGAGAAGCUGGAGAAAUUCAUGGCGGAGCUGAAGGAGAGGGAGAUCCCUCCAGAUGACUACCUCCUGAAACUCUACCAGCGAAAGAAGGACGAGCUCGCGCAAAAAGAGCAACCAGAUGGAAAGAUAGGAGACUGAUCACUUGAUCUGCUGAGCCUUGUUGUCAUGUUUUCAGGUGACUGUUUUUUUACCAAUUGUUGGCUAUCUAAUUAAGAUAGUUAUCAGAUAAGAGUUUUGAUCACUUUAGUUGUUACAGUAUGUUUCAUUGUUUCAUGUUUCAAAUGAUAGUAGGGUUAAGAAUUAUGUUCAAUGAGUCAUGAAAACUUAAAACAAAUCAAAAUUUUAAUUAUACAAGUGAACAAUUUUUUUAAUUGUGCAAGUGUACAGUUUGAGAUCGCCAUGCUUGUUGAAGGUUACACUUUCAGUUUUAAGUGUUAAUAGGAACCAUCACAAACAAUACUCUCCAAUUGAAGUGUUCUUUAUAACUGGUUAAGUGGCCAUAUGCACUUAGGUCACAUCACCACAGUUAACGUUUACUGAAAAGCAGAGCCAAAUGGCCAGCUACUGAGUAGUCGGCCCUCUUCAGUGACAUGGAAUAAGACUGCAGCCUUGAAAAAGCUUCUGGAGUUGUGUGUGUUGCAUAGUACAUAUUCAUAUGCAAAUCAUACAACACAGAUUUUUUUCUAUAAAUUUUUUUGACUGGCCUUCUGUAAUCCUUGUCUUUUGUUAACUGCGAUAAAUGUGAAUGUCCAGCAUGGACCAAAUGUUUUUACACCUGUUAAUGUCCUUGAGUGCAGUUUUCUAAACAUGUUGUGUUGCACUACGCAUAUAAAAGCAUAUCAAUUUACAAAAGAAAUUGAUUUUUUUUUUUUAAAUGUGGCAACAUCUGAUAAUC